AUGCAAUCAGUCGAGGCACGUAUUCAGGAAGCUAUUGAGCACCUGUCAGAUAAUCCUGGUGCCAAAGUGGCCACGGUGGCCAAGCAAUUUGGCGUGCCUCGGAACCGCUUGCGGAUGCGCCUCAAAGGUGGAAAGCCGAGGACUGAAGUCAAACCAGCCAACAAGAAGCUCCCCGAGCCUGAAGAACAGGCCAUUUGUAACUACAUUGACCGGUUAGACCGAAUCAACCUUGCUUUGCAGAGGAAGCUUAAUUCUGACCGCCAAGCUUCUGAGAACCUAGAACGGGUCAACGAAUACUUUUUUAAGCUUCAUGAGGUCAUCCAAACAAAUGGUAUCCCGCCGGAGGAUACCUGGAACAUGGACGAAACUGGUUUCCGUAUUGGCAUUGGGAGGGAUCAGUUAGUUGUGACUAAACGGAAGCGGGCCUAUUACUUCAGCAUGCCUGAGAAUAGAGAGUCGGCUACAGCAAUUGAAGCUAUCUCGGCUGGUGGGCAGUAUAUUCCCGCCUUCCCUAUAUUGGCAGGGACGCUUCACAUGGCGCAAUGGUAUCAGCAAAAGGAACUUGACCCUUGUACAGCCAUCUACACUUCCGCUUCAGGAUACUCGAACGAUGAGAUAAGCCUGGAAUGGCUGAAGCAUGUUGACCGCUACACUGCAAAGAAAGUGGCCGGCAGUAAACGACUCCUUAUCCUUGAUGGCCACGGCUCACACUAUACAAUCGAAUUCAUCACAUAUUUAUUUCAGCCAUUGAAGCACUACCACGCAAAGGCUUUGGACCUUAUUGUACGAGACGGCCUUGUUAACAUCUCUAAGCUUGAGUUCUUAGCCGUUAUUGAGGGAACCGGCACUGUGCCCUUCAAUCCACUGCUUGUCUUGCAAGCCUUGAAGGAGCGGGUUGUAGAGAAGGAAGCUGACCGGACGCCAAGCCCUCCACCUGCAGCAUCUUCUUCGCAGUUCUUAACACCAUUGACGCUACGACAAAUCAACAAGGUUGCUGAUCGAAUUGAAGAUACCCUGAAGGGCUCAGAUAUUAACCUAAGUCCUGGCCUCACCCAUAAUAUUAGCCGUUUUAUUAGGGGUUCCCUGAUUAAUGCUACGGAGUUGGUUCAAGGCAAUGAAGAAUACUUCCUGCAAUCAGGAGGGGUAUUGACAGUCGCCGGGGGCAGGCGUAUGGUGGUCCAACGGGAGGAAGACCUUCUAGCCAAGGCUAGAAGGGUGGUAGAGGCUGCGGAGUUGAGAGCACAAAAAGCCCGCAAGAAGGUCUUUUCAGAUGCUGCAAAAGAGGCUAGGAAAUGGCGAUUGACAGGAAAACUCAAUCCCGGCGAAGUAUACGAAACUGGCUUCCAGUUGAGGUUGUUGAAGAGGUUCUAG